AAUUCCCCCAAGUCCGUCGUCCGACAAAAUGAUCUCGAGAUAACAAGGACAAGGGUAUUUUAAUAAUCACACUAGCGACCAACCAUCAUGGCGGGAAAGGGCUUCUGUGUAAAGAUCCGACUGGAGUUACACGCCAUCACGUGCCCCGGUGUAUGGCUGUGCCCUAACGGGAAAGUAGCGCUGCGCAUAACCAGCUUCGGCUCCACUCUCGAAUCUCACCGAGUAUCGCCGAUUUUUCCACUAUUAUUUCACAACGAGUUUAACUUUAAGAAAACGUUCACACGGCUGGCUGCUUUGACAGAGUUGCAACGAAAUCUGGAACGACAGUCCCUCUACGCGGAACUGAUACAGUGGCUCAGCCCGUGCAACCAGCCCGUUCUUUUGGCUACCUUUCAGACCAACUUGACCGAUCUCCUCUAUCCGGUGACUCAGUGCAGGCGAUUGCUGCCCGGUGUCGACGUCGAUCUGCUCAUGGAUCCCAGCAAAUAUUUCCCCGGUAUUAUAGCACCAAAGAUUGAAAUUUCCACGAACACGGUGAUAGAAGAGGUGUUAACGAUUUACGAUGCGAAUCUCGACAGACCGUACGUGGUCAAUCCAAAGACGAUCGACUCCAAGCAGAAGUGCUACGCUCACAGAAAACGUCCCGUCAAAGGUAUCAUCAGGCAACGAAAAGUCUGUCACAAUCGUGCCAAGGCAAAACCUCAGAUUUCCAGCUCCACGCGGUGUUGCAACGACGUAGAAUACUCGUAUCAAGAUGGACUCGCCCGGACCAGUCAACCGAUGAAACACGAUAUCUGCAUUGACGACACAGAGCUUGAUCCGCCGUCAAGAUAUCGCCGAGUACCCUCCGUUUGUGGCAAUCUGCACAUCUUUGACAGCUGCCCCGUCUGCUUCAAGUACAAGUGUUACUUUUCCAGCAAAUGCGACAAGUUACUCGAGAACUCGGCGAACAGCCGCGCUCGUCUGCAGAAAGACGACUCGGCACCGCGACAACCUACCUCUACAGGAAUCCGGUCAUCCGUCCUAGUUCCCGAAAGAGUCGCAAAUAAAACGCACAGCUCGUAUCGUCCGUUGACCUAAUUUUCCUUGGUGAAGUGAAAUUGAAUGAAAAAGAAAAGGAAAAAGAAACAAAGAAACAACGUUUUAUUACCGAUGCGUCGGAGGAGUUUUUGUAAAAAGUCUGCAACAAUUUCUACAAAUGUGUAUGUAUUUACACAUACCGAUAGUCUUAGGCUGAAAAGACGUCGUUCUUUGGACAGGGAAAGACCAGACCAAAUUUGUGAUAUCGUGUGGUUUAACAUUUAACGUAUACUUGUCGACCCAGCAGAUACAUCGGUGUACCCUGAACCUUGCCACCACGAAGACUUACCGAUUUGCUGAGCAGUGCCGGGCUCCUUAGGUAUAUACCGCGACCUUGAGGCGUCCACGCUUUCAACAAGGCACUUUCGUUCUCGAAAGGGGUGAUCGCGAUCCAACCUGUCGAAUUGAUCAACAACAGUUACUUGCACCGAUGAAAUGCAUCGUAAAAUUCACCUAUUUUUAUCAGUUAAAUUUACCUAUACUCGACAGUACGACAUCAGCGACAGAUUCCUCUCUGUCCACGCCGACCACUUUCAUCUCUUUCGAUUCCAACAACUUUGGCCACGCUUUUAAUCGUUCCGGAUCGUUGAUAGGCACGACGAAAGCUUUCGUAGUCAACAAACGAUCGUACACCUCGUCCGCGUCGAUGGUCCGACACAUUGUUAUAGGUAGAUGUUUGCUCGCGAACAACGUACAUCUGUUUCAUUGUAAGAAAGAGGAAAAGCUGAAGAGUUUCAAAAAUGACAGCCGACUAACAACUGUACGGUCGUAGCGACUAUUCUUUCACGUAGAAACCAAUGUACAAAUUAUGUGUACCGUAUGAAGUGCUCCCCUUCGAGGUAAUCCAGCCUUCCCAUGCCAGCCACAAACACGGUUUGCUUCGGUUUGAACAUGAAAGUUCUCGGCGAGAUAAUUUCUUGCGGCAGCGUGAGCAACAGUUCGUCGGUCGUCAGCAAAUUUAGUAUCUGAUCGGUCUGAAUUGUGCCUGGAGUGUCGUAACACCAACGACUUUGCUUGUACUCUGGUCUAGUCUCGUCGAGAACGCUGUUUCCAGACAUGGACUUGUGCGAUAUCUCGGAAAAAGGAUCUCUCAUUGGAUUGCUCGACGAAUGCAUAGUAAAUGUUUUACCAAUAUGCUCUACACAGACAAACCAAUAAACAAUCUUUCAAACGAA